UUCCCUCAUCCCAAAUUUUGAAUUUGGAUGUGGGUUAUGAGUCUGAAUGUGGCAUCUCCGUAGAUGUCCAUUAAACACUGCUUUUUGCCUACCUUUCAUCCUUUCCCUUGCUUCAGUCUACACACUCAGCUCUUGGGAGCUCUCUCUCUUUGAUCAACGCCAAGCAAGCGAAAAACAAAAAUAAGAGUAAUUUGGAUUUGCCGAAAUGCCGAAGAAGAAAAUAACCAAAAAAUGGCUAUCUGCAGAAAUGGAUCGAAGAGUCAAACAGAUGUUGAAUCUGAUUGACCAAGAUGCGGAUUCCUUUGCCAAGAAGGCCGAGAUGUAUUAUCAGAAACGGCCGGAACUUGUGGCUCAUGUUGAGGAGUUCUACCGUUUAUAUCGAACCUUGGUGGAGCGUAAUGAUUAUCUUAAAGGAGAAUUGAGGAGGAAUGUUCUGUUGGACGUUCAAUCUCAAGGUUCAGGUGUCUCAGAUAAUGGCUUUGAAUUGCCGCCUACUUGUCCCUCUCCUGAACAAAGGUUGACUCGUAGGAGGUCGGGUGCACGAGCUGCCGGUUUUGAAUUCUUCCUUGGUUCUAGUUGGAGCGAUAUGUACCAGAGAGGAGAUGACGAGUCGUCUUAUGUAACAGAUUCCGAACCGGAGUCUGAUGAUGGAUCGGUUAAUAAUUACACGGUUUCAUCAACGACGAAUUUAGGCGAUCAAGGGGCGGGUCGGAAGACAAUUGAAUUGGAGAUUGAGCUCCGCGAAACGAAAGAGAAGCUACAAAUACUUGAGGAUGAAUCGGAACUUCUUGCUCGGAUUAGAAAGUAUGAGGAAGAAUUGAAGAUUGUUAAUAGAAAACUACGACUUUCCGAAGAAAAAAACAAUUGGUUGACAAUUGAGCUACAGAAAUAUAAACAGAUGGAAACAUCGGAAUCGGAUUCAUCCGAAGAAGAUAGUGUUAAAACUGACACUUCAAUGGUUCAAAACAAGGUGGAUAAAGAAACCCUGCAUGAUGAUGGCAAGAUCCUGCCCUUGGAGGAUGAGUUCAAUUUGACUAAAGAAAUGCCUCAGGAUCCCGAAGCGGAAAUCGCGUGUUUGAAACUCGAGAAUAAACAGGCGUUUGAAAAGAUUCAAAGUUUGCAGGGUCAGCUCGAUAUGGCUCAAAGCGAGAUAAGGACAUCGAAUACGAAACUGAGUAUACUGAAAAAAGAGGUUUGCAAGCUGCAGGGGAGAAUGGCUAUGUUAAAGGAUGGUCUAGUGAGCCGGGAUAAUGAGAUUAGGGAAUUAAAGAUAGUCGUAUCCGAUGCCGAGAUGAAGAUUUUUAACGAAAAAGCGCAGAUCGGAGCUAAGGUAUCGAAAUUGUUGGAGGAACGAAGUUAUUUAGAAGAACAACUUAGGGAUGGGGAGUCGCAUGCUCGGUCUUUGGAGGAAGAGAUUAGAAAUGUUCUUACUGAAAAACGAGAAUUGGAGGAGAGGCUGCACGAUGAAAUCGAGGCGUUGAAAACAGAGAUUGCUAAGAGAGGUGAUUCCAUUAAAAUUCUAAAUGAAAACCUCGAGACCUUGAAAUCCGAGAGAGAUGAGCUCAAGAUGAAAAUCGAUUUACUUGAAGAAGAAGUUGGUUAUAAAGGUGAUCAAAUUGUUGAAAUGGAUAAGCAACUGCACCGAUUACGUGUGGAACACGGGGAACUAAUCGCUAGUGCUGAAGGAGCAAACAAAUUGGUGGAGGAAAUGCAAGGAAAAGCGAAGGAACUAGAGGAUGAAAUCGAGAGGCAAAGUAGAGCAAUAGCGGAAGCAGCGGAAGAGAAAAGAGAAGCUAUACGACAACUCUGCUUCUCUCUCGAACAUUAUAGAGAUGGGUAUUAUAAGCUUAAGCAAGCAUUUACGGGGAACAAGCGAGUCCCUAUUUUGGCAACAUGAACAUCGCAAUGUUUCUUGUUUAACAAGAGAACGAAACAAUCAACAAAGCACAUUCAACUUCCGGUCACAUCGAUCAAUGGGUCGAGAGGAUGAACUUCGUGGGGGUUCUGUUUGUGUAUCACUUUAAGCUUCGCUAGGCCUUGCUGUCAAGUGUUUCAUCCUGUUUCUGUACAUGCAUGCCCAUGCACAUGUUAUCAGGGCUCAAUGAGGUACACGUCUUGCUAUACUGCUUCUCAAAUUGUAGUCAUUGAUCAAUUAUGCAUUGAAUCAAGAUAAGUUGACACAUAUAUAUGUAUAUAUACAGGGUGGGAGAAAUCCAUCCUAUUAUAUGUUGCAUGGAUCCUAUAUUUAUAUAUAUUAAAUGUC